GGAGCACCCAAUCAUGAUCAAAAGGCAGCGCUGGACAUUAUAAAUAUUGUAAUGGCAUCAUUGUCUAUGAUUGGUAGUCUAUUAACUAUUAUAUCAUAUUUAAGAAAGAAAUAUAAUGAUAACAAAGCAGAGAAAGAGUUUAUAAAACAACAUUUGAUGAAGAUAUUCGCCUUUAUAUCACUUGGAACAUCAUUUGUGAUCACUUUGUCAUUGGUGACUACCAAUUCAAUUGUCCAGGAACCAAGUGUAGGAUGGUGCGAGUUGAAGAGUGUUCAAGAGAUUGUUGUGUGGUUCCUACCUUUGACAAUAUGUAUGGUAGUCUGUAUUGGAUUCUACAUCAAACUAAAGAGAUUGUUUAGAGAGAAGUUCGAAGCAAGGUUAAACUACAAUGAGAGACUUAAACAUAUUGAUGAAACUAUAUCAAAGAGAUUGACAUUAUAUAUAUUGGUAUUCAUCAUUGUAUGGUUACCAGAUAUUGCCCAACAUAUCCUGUCAUAUAUAUCAACAUGUUCAUUCUAUCCAUUGAUGGUUAUCCAGAAUCUUCUUGUACCAUCACAAGGAUUCUGUAACUUCUGGGUCUAUUCAUACACAAGCAAGAUCAGUGUAUUCUCUCAUUCUAAA